AUGCUGCACGGUACACAGGCAGCCUCAUCGGCAGCUCAGACGUCCGCCUUGGCAUCAGUCAACUCAUCGCCAACGCAUCACUCAGCGCGCCUGCUCAUUGACACCGGAUCCGAGCUCACCUUCGUCUCGGAGAAUCUCACUCGGCAGCUCAACAUCCCUCGUCAACACUCAGGCAUUCUCAUCACUGGAAUUGCAGGCAAGGAGUGUACUCGGACACGAGGAGUCGUGUCACUCACGUUAUGCUCGAUGCAUUCCAACGCAGCUGCCACAAUUCAAGCUCAUGUCCUCCGGACAGUUACAUCAAUCUUACCAUCGUUCGAGGCGGAACCGGAGGAAUGGCCGCAUCUCAAGGACUUGGCAUUAGCCGAUCCUGACUUUCUCAUUCCGCGGCCAGUUGACAUCCUCAUCGGCGCAGACGCUUACGGGCAAAUCAUCAAGCCCAAUAUCAUUCGGCAUUCUCCACUCAUGCCGAUAGUGCAACUCUCCAUUUUCGGAUGGCUCGUUCUUGGACCAGUCAAUAGGGAAGCAACACGCACAUCAACGCACCAUGCUUCUACUCAAGUCAACGAGGAUGCUCUCAACGAGUUACUGACAAAAUUCUGGGUUCAAGAGGAGGUGCCUACUCACGAUGUCAACCAACUCACUCCUGACGAGCAGAGGUGCGAAGAGCACUUCAAGGCCACACACUCUCGUGAUUCUUCAGGGAGGUACGUCGUCAGGAUUCCGCUCAAAUCACCAGUAUAUCUUCUGGGUGACUCGUACCACGUCGCCCAUCAGUGCCUCAAGGGACUACGCAGACGAUUCUCAAGGGAUGUGAACUAUCAACGUCUCUAUCAACAAUUCAUGAUGGAGUACGAGACACUCAACCACAUGACGAAGGCAUCAUCCAUCUCCAGUCGUCGCUCACACUUCUACCUGCCACAUCACGGUGUUCUCAAGCCUGACAGUACAACAACGAAGCUGCGAGUCGUAUUUAAUGGCUCCAGCGCAUCAACAUCGGGCUACUCUGCUAACGACCUCAUGUAUACUGGAGCGAAAUUGCAUCUGAAUAUCUCAGAUGUUCUCCUCUGGAUACGAAGACACCGUCACAUUUUCGCUACGGACAUCACCAAGAUGUACAGGCAGAUCAAGAUUCACAAGGAUGACUGGGAGUUGCAGCGAAUACUCUGGAUGGACAAUCAACUCAAUGAAGUGCCAUAUCAUCUGACAACCGUCACCUACGGGACAAAGGCCGCGCCGUUCUUGGCCGUACGGACGCUAUUACAAUUAGCAGAGGACGAAGGGCAUAACUAUCCACUGGCCGUGCCAUCCAUCACUCAUGGCAG